AUGUGGAAGUUUACGGUGGUUAUACUUUCCUGUCUGGUGAUAAACAACGUGCAGCCGCAGGCUGGCACUUCGUGCUAUACCCCGAACAGACAGAUAGGCGUGUGUCAGGUGUUCCAGUACUGCUCAUCCCUGAUACGGCUGUACCAGUACAAUAAGAACCAGGAGACGGUAAACUUCCUGCUCGCGUCCCAGCGCAGCUGUGGCAAUCGGAACUAUAAUGGCAGCCCGGUCCUUUGCUGCAGUGACGGUGUGCAGUACGAUCCCACUACAACUUCAUCUCCUUUUGUAGAGGUAACUACGGCUCCAACGGCGGUGGCUCCACUACGUACGGCCGACUGCGUCGGGCCGGACAACCGCGAAGGAUACUGCAUAAGUAUUCGUAGCUGUCCCGAUGUGCUGAAUGAGUUUGUUCAGCGCCAGAGAGAUCCCCAGUAUGUGCAGUACGUACGGCAAUCGAAUGCGGUCUGCAACUACAUCCAGCCGAACGUAUGCUGUCUGCUGCAGCGAGCAACUCCACCGGCACCACCAACUGCACCGCCGCCACCACCCCCAACAGCACCCCCAGCACCGGUCACCGAGGCACCUCCGCCACCACCACCACCAUCACCGACCCCAAAUGCAGUGGGUCCUGCCCAGCUGCUUACGCCCGAAACUGGAUGCGGAUACAGCACCGUGCAGCACAACCGAGUCGUUGGUGGCGUCCCGGCCGAGCUGCACGGAUGGCCCUGGAUGGCGCUGGUCGGAUACAAGAAUGCUCUCGGCGAGGUGUCGUUCAAGUGUGGCGGUUCGCUCAUCACGAAACGACACGUACUGUCGGCGGCUCACUGCAUCCGUCGCGAUCUAUCAUCGGUCCGGUUGGGUGAGCACGAUACGGCCACCGAUGUAGAAACGAAACACGUCGACGUACCAAUUGUUCGGUACGAAACUCAUCCAUCCUACGACAAGAAGGACGGACACACCGAUUUGGCGGUACUGUACAUGGAGUACGAGGUGCAAUUCAACGAGGCGAUCAAACCGAUCUGCUUGCCGUUGAGUGAUACGAUCCGCAGCAAGAACUUUAUCGGCUACACACCGUUCGUGGCGGGUUGGGGUCGCACACAGGAAGGUGGCAAGUCGGCCAACGUGCUGCAGGAGCUACAGAUUCCGAUCAUCGCGAACGACGAGUGCCGCACGCUGUACGACAAGAUCGGCAAAGUGUUCUCGCAGAAGCAGUUCGACAAUGCGGUCAUGUGUGCCGGUGUGCUCGAGGGCGGCAAGGAUUCGUGCCAGGGCGAUAGCGGUGGUCCGCUGAUGUUGCCGCAGCGUUUCGGUACCGAGUUCUACUACUUCCAGGUCGGCAUCGUGUCGUACGGUAUUGGGUGCGCACGGGCCGAAGUACCCGGUGUGUACACGCGCGUGGCCAGCUUCGUCGAUUGGAUCCAGCAGAAGGUGGCGGAACCGCUGUAG